GACGCUUUCUUCUCUACGAGCCAAUGAGAAGAGAGCUUCCACGAUUGGCUGACGCACGCUGACGGCAGUUGCGUGUUUUUGCAGGCCUACGUUCAGCGACUACAGCAUUGGAAGGAAGAGCAAUGAAUUCAUUAGAACAAGCCGAAGACCUGAAGGCUUUUGAGAGGAGACUGACAGAGUAUGUGUCUUGUUUGCAGCCAGCUACAGGUCGUUGGCGCAUGAUUCUGAUUGUGGUGUCUGUGUGCACAGCCACAGGUGCCUGGAACUGGCUGAUAGAUCCAGACACUCAGAAAGUUUCUUUCUUUUCAUCUUUAUGGAAUCAUCCAUUUUUCACAAUCAGCUGUGUGACUCUGAUUGGCCUUUUCUUUGCUGGAAUACACAAACGAGUUGUUGCACCAUCUAUUAUUGCGGCACGCUGCCGGACAGUACUAGCGGAAUAUAACAUGUCCUGUGAUGAUACGGGGAAACUUAUCCUGAAACCACGGCCUCAUAUCCAAUAGCACUUUGAAGAGACCGAAGUGGAGAGUAUUUCAUAUCAACAUAUUAAUCAUGAAGAUUGCACAUAGGGUUCAACGCCGGGAGAUUUUCCAAAGGGUGUGAAGGUCCACCUCCCAAACAGGACUCUAACUUCCCUCUGCAAUUUAUGAAAAAGCAAUGGGAGCUCAAACAGAAAUGCCCAUUUUAAAGAAAACCAUUGUUUCUUCUAUUUUUAAAAAACAUCUUUAUAUUUCUGUUGGAAAAUGAGUUUAUUUGAUUGUGGAUUUUGAUAACCUCAUUUGUAAAGCUGUUGUCCUAUUUUAGAUGCAUACGGUGUAUGUUUUUUUAAGUAAACUGCUGAACACGUAAUAAAUAUUGAAGUAUAGAUAUUAGUUCACGUUAAGCUGACCUUUAUAUAUAUAGGCAACAUUUGUAGAAUGUCAGUGCCUAUGAUAUGAUGUGCUGCUUUUUGUUGUUUUAUAAAUAACUUUUAUGUGACCAAAGGCUGCACUAGAUGUUAAACCUUUAAGGGAAACAGGCAAAUGCAUCUUUAAUGAGUGUCAUGUUUGCUGAGAUUUUAUUUACUUUCACUCCAGAGUCAAAGUCUACAAGAAAAUAUUGAAAUAAGCUGUGUUGGCAAUAAUAAAAGUUUGUUGUACAGUG